AUGGUGGACAAGUCCCGGCGACCUGGCUUGGAAACUUUACGCCGGGCUUUGCUGACCAAGGGCGGAGCCAAAAGUCAGGCCCGCGCAGUGGGCACCGUCCUUUUCAAGGAAGCCCUUACCAUUUUCAGCAGUCCGAAGCGCGACGCGGGGGAUCAGCCGACGGAAGGCAUGGGAGAUCUGCCUGGCGCUGAAGUGGUCAAGACUCCCACUGAUGACAAUCUUCGUGAAAUGAUCUUAGACGAGAUCUACAAUCCUCCCAAGCGGUUUGUGUGCUCGGACGCCUUUCCAAAGGAUGCCACCGUGGCAGUGCGAGCUGCACCGACGCAACAAAGCGAGUUUUUGACCUGCCUGCCCUUCGGAGCGGAGAUCAUUGCAAGCGGCCGUUGUGGGGAAUUCCUGCGCUUUCAGCUGCAGGAGGAUCAUGGGUGUCGACAUGCCUACGUCCCCCUGGUCUUCCAGGGGCUCCAGCUCUUUGCAACUUCUUCUGCAUGUGUUCCAGGACGGUCUCGGUAA